UCAGGCCUGGAGGAGUGAGCGUGGCCUAUGUCUCUGGCUCCCCCGCCCUCGUCUCUUUCAUUUUACUCUUAUCAGAAUUCUCUUGCUGGGAGAAUCUCCUUGACAGCUUCCCAUGCUGUCAGCUCCGUAGACCUCAGCUUCUGAGAAGCAGCCCGAGGGCUGUCGCACCAGAGGAGCUGCCGUGAUCCCCAGCAUGAGGGCAACCGGCUUCAGGGAUGGGGUGCCCAAGAUGCGGCUGGCCAGGGCACUUUAUGACAACCACCCUGACUGUUGUGAUGAGCUAGCCUUCUCCAGAGGAGACAUCCUGACCAUUCUGGAGCAAAAUGUGCCAGAAAGUGAGGGCUGGUGGAAGUGUUUGCUUCAUGGGAGGCAAGGCCUGGCCCCUGCCAACCGCCUCCAAAUCCUCCUGGAGGCCCCCUCGGAUAAACCCUGUCCCCCAUUCCUGAGAGGCCUGGAAGAUCUCACCAGCUCAGAGGACACAUAUGAGGUGCCCACCCUGCUCCACCCUCUGCCCCCAGGCCCUGUAUAUGAGCCAAUGAAGAGCUGGGUGGAGGGGUCCCCGCCAGCAGCUGCCCAAGUCUAUGAAUUUCCUGACCCACCAUCCAGUGCCAGAAUCAUCUGUGAAAAGACUCUGAGCUUCCCUGCCCAGGCCCUCUUCAUGCUUCCCAGGCCUGCAAGGGCCUCAUUUGCAACUCUGCCUUCCCAGGUGUAUGACGUGCCUGCUCAGAGCCGGGUCCUCAAAACCCUUAAGGAUCCAGAGAAGCAGCAGUUAUACGACAUACCAGCCAGUCCCCAUGCCCUGACCAGUCAGGCAAGCGAGCAGAGCGUUCCCCUGACGGCAGCGAUUGCCUUGGGAAGAGCUGGCUACAGCACGGUGCCAAACCCUCAGAAAUCAGAAUGGAUUUAUGACACCCCAGUGUCUGCGGGAAAAGCCAGUGUCAGAAAUACAUCUCUAACCAGCUUUGAGAAGGAACAAGGGUCAUACACUGCUCCCCUUUCCAUCUCCCCCAUCGCCAGUCCAAGUAGCAGAGCCAGGAGCCUCCCUCCACAGCGCUGUGACAAUAUGCACAUGCCAAAAAAAUUCAGCCUUCCAGAAGUCCCUUCCUGUGCCUGCCUAGCACCCAGGGACAUGCUCCCUUCCGAUGCAGGCAUCAGCUACAAGGUGCCCUCCAGUUUUCUGGUUCCCCGAGUGGAGCAGCAGAACACCAAGCCCAACAUCUAUGAUAUCCCCAAAGCAAUGCCAAGUGUGCCUCGGGCUGGGACUGAGCCAGGAAAGGGCCCAGAUGCUCCAGGGAGCUCCGUGGGUUGCAAUUCCUCCUGGUUCUCUAGGCAGACAGCAUCUGGAUCUCCUGAACCCGACCAGUUAUCCGUUUCCAGCUCUGACGGCAGAGCUAGCAUUGUGUCUUCAUGCUCCUCUGCGUCCACAGACUCGUCCUCCAGCUCCUCCUUGGAGGAGUCAGCCAAGGAGCUCUCCCUGGACUUGGACUUGGCCAAGGAGACAGCGAUGGGCCUGCAGCACAAGGUGGUGAGCUCUGUCGCAGGCCUGCUGCUCUUUGUGAGUAGGAAGUGGAGGUUCAGAGACUCUCUAGAGGCUAACAUCAAGGCUAUUCACAGAGCUGCUGACCACACUGAAGAAUCAGUAAGACAAUUUCUGGAUUUCGCCCAAGGAAUUCAUGGGACCGCCUGCAACCUCACCGACAGUCACCUUCAGGCCAGAAUUCGGGAUCAGCUCCGGACCAUCUCCACCUCCUACCAGAGCCUGCUGGAAUCUAAGGGAGGCCUAGACAGCUGCAAUUGGUCUCUAGAAGUUCUUGUGACAGAUAAAGUCCAAAACAGCCCAGAUGACCUCGAGAGGUUCGUCAUGGUGGCUCGGAUGGUUCCUGAAGACGUCAAGAGGUUCACCUCCAUCGUCAUUGCCAACGGGAAGCUUCUUUUUAAGCAGAACUGUGAGAAAGAAGAGACUGUGCAAUUAACUCCAAAUGCAGAACCGAAGUGUGGAAAGUGCAUUCAGCUUCCCCAGAGGGAAAUUGAGUCACACCAGAAGAGUGGUCCUUUGAAUAGGCAAGAGGAAGAUGAAUCCUCCCCUGACCUGGUAAGGAAAAGUGGGACAAGUGUCUGUGCACAGGGCCUUAGCUCUAGGACACCCCAACCUUUCAGUCAGCAGAACACUGAGAUGAAAGCCCACCUCUCUGAACACUGCCGGCUCUAUUUUGGGGCACUUUUCAAAGCCAUAGGGGUCUUUAGCAGCAGCCUCAGCAACAGCCAGCCUCCUGAGGUGUUCAUCACCCAGGGCAAGCUGGUCAUCGUGGUGGGGCAGAAGCUGGUGGACACCCUGUGCAAGGAGACCCAGGAGCAGGACGCCCGCAACGAGCUCCUCCGCAGCAGCAGUCACCUGUGCGGGCUGCUCAAGGACCUCGCACUGGCCACCAAGGACGCCGUGCUCAAGUACCCGAGCCCUGCGGCGCUGGAGCAUCUCCAGGCCCAGGCGAGGAAGCUGGAGCAUCACGCGCGGCAACUCAGAGGGACGCUGGAAUGAAGCCUUCCUCCUCCUUCCCCGGAGUGGAACUGAGCUCGCUCCACACCCGCAACCCGUGCCACUCUGUCCCAUGGGAAAGCCAGACUGGCAUCCGCAGAUGAGUGCAAACAGCCAGGUGCCCAGAGCGGGUAUUGCCAAGUGGCUGAGCAACCCCAGGACACUGACUUCACCCCAGGGGUGUCAGGAAAGAGAAUCCGGAAUUAAGGACCAUCCCGGGCCAGGUCUAUGGUGUCUGUGUUUGAAGUGGGAGGUAGAAGUCAUUUUGUGUUAGUUGAACCUGUGCAUGGUUUGCAUUGAUUCAUUCAACACUUUUUACUGGGCACCAGCUAAAAUCAAGUUGCAGGGGCUGGAGUUACAGCAGUGUGUCAGAGGCCCUGCCCUCAUACAGCUCACACUCUAGUCUGGGUGACAGAGUGACAAACUUCCACAGUCUAUCAGCUAUUAGAAAGUAGAUUCGGGAAGGAAGGGAGCUUAUUUUCAAUGAUUAAUUUCUGUUGUAGCUAUUAGAAAAUGAAAUGUUUUCAUAUUGGGUUGAAUUAAUUCUGUGAGAUUGGUACAAAUUAAGUAUCUGCGUACAUAUAUAUAUAUAUAUGUGUGUGUGUGUGUGUGUGUGUGUGUGUGCCUGUGGUGUGUGUGGUGCUAGCAAUUGAGCCCAGGCCUCACACUGCUAAGUGAGUGCUCUCCCUCUGAGAUAGACCCCAGCCCCAGUAUAUAAAUAUGUAUUUUUGCUACCCUAUCUUAUCUAAUUAAAGAUGGAUGUUG